AUGCUGCCCUGGCAGGCUCUCUUCUCUGCAGCCGUCGGCCAGGACAGCCCCUUCACACAAAACGUCAACCUUGACACUGUCGAGGAGCAAGCCGUCACAUACGAGUUUGCCGCCGGCAGUUUUGAAGGUACUCUGGUGUGGGACACCUCCUUCGAGGGCGCCAGGCCGAUUGUGGUCGUGUUCCAUGACGCCGACGGCCCUGACGCCUUUGAGCUCUGGGUCGCACAGCGACUGGCCAACGCGGGAUACGCGGCUUUCGUCGCCGACCUGUGGGGUGCGGACGUCGCCAGUGGCAGCGAACUCAGCAGAGAGGAGCAGGACGCCGCUAUCGAGAGCCUCGUUGAUGACCCUACGGAGUGGCUGGGCCGAGUUCAGGCCGCACUUGACGCCGCAACGGGACAGGACGCCAGCGUCGUCGACCCGGAGUCUGUGGCUUCCAUUGGCUAUGGAUUUGGCGGCGCCACGGUGCUGGAGCUGGCUCGUUCUGGUGCCGAUGUUCUGGCAGUCGCCGCCGUCCAUCCAACCACGCUGACUGCUGUGGGCCCUGCGGGAGCGUCUUUUGAAGGCCGCGUGCUGGUGGUGGUGGGAGACGGACAGGAGGAUGUCGCGAGCGCGGACAUUUUCGAGUUCGAGGACGAGCUGCGUGCGCUGGGAGCGGUGUGGGAGGUCAUUCGCCUGGCCAAGGCCAAGCAGGCUUUCACCUUGCCCACAGCAGACGACUUCGAUGUCGUUUCCGACAUCCGCACAUGGCACGCAGUCACAGAGUUCCUGCAGCAGGUGUUUGAUCCCGACCUUAUCGAGUACCUGGACGACCCCUUCAGCGUCACCGGCGUGGACGACUCCACCCUGACUUCGAUGGACUUCGAGUACAUGGAGGGAGACGUGCUGCUGAGGGGCUUCGUCUCUUACCCGGCCGACGCUCAGGAGCAGCUCCCCGUGAUGCUCAUCAUCCCCGACUGGGACGGCAUUGGCGACUACGAGAAGUGGAGGACAAAGUUGGUGGCCAUGGAAGGCUAUGUUGGUUUCACGGCGGACAUCUAUGGCGCAAACGUCACGCAGGGCCCCAGCCUGCCCAUCGACGAGCGGAGGGCGUUAACUUCCAGCUUCUUUACCCCGGUGACGCUGUUCAGGUCGCGCAUGGCGGCUGCCCUCGCCGCCCUGAAGAGCGACGCGCUGUCCCCUGUCGCGGACGCCUCGAAGGUGGUGGCCAUCGGGUAUUGCUUCGGUGGCAGGGGCGUCGGGGAGCUCAUGCGGGACGAGCCCGAGGGUGUCAUCGGUGUGGGCAGCUUCCACGGCGGCGAUAUGACUACCAUGGGCUCGGUGGCCCAAGAGUGCAACAACAUCGCGACAGCCGUCUUCAAUGGAGCCAACGACUGGGUGACAGAUGAGCAGAUCGAUGAGUUCAUUGCCGAGAUGAACGCCGCCUCAGUGAACUGGGAGUGGCACAACUACGGAGGCACCGUGCAUUCAUUCACCAACCCCGAGGUUCCCAGAGACGGCGAAGGCAACGCCUAUAAUCCGGUCGCCGAUCUCAGGUCAUGGGAAUCUGUGAAAGCCUUCAUGGAGACUCUGAUCUCGGAGGGCAACCCCUAUGUUGCCUGCCCCGAAUCGCGCCGUUGA